AUGUAAAAGUUAUAAAAAUUUGAUUUCUUUUCAUAGUAAUUUGCUUUUCUCGUUGGACCGCAAAAGAAAAAGAAAACUACUGAGGGAGGCUUGUACACCAUUAUUGCAUUUAGCUUGUCUCUAGGCUAUCUCAUUUAUCUCAUUGUUUUCUUUUUUGAUAACAAAUUUCUGCCUAAAAUUACAUCCAAAAUAAAAAAUCAAACAAGUUAUUAAGAUAUUUAGCUAAACAAAAGUCUUUUCGGAUUUACUUAUAGCAGUGAUGGAAAAACUUUAUAGUAAUUAUAACAAUCAACAGGAAAGUAGUUUCUCAUUUUUAAAGCUUAGUACUCCUCUUUAAGUUUGUAAUCAUAAAACACUUUUGAUCUUCCUAUCGCAGAAUGUAUUGAUUAAAACUUCCAAGGUUACUUAUGCCUUGACUAUAGUAACAUGCCUGAUACCCAGAAAGCUUUAUUUGUUGAUCCGGCAACAUAAGCAAUAUCACGAUAUUAGUUAACAGUUUAGCCUUGUACAGGAUUACCUACAUGUGCAAGCCCUGCUGAUAUCUAAAAUUAUAUAAUUGACAGUGGUUUCUAAUUUUAUUUGAAAGUAAGAAUUGUUUAGUACAAUGAGUAAUCUUAAUAAUAUGAAGAAGGAUAUAUAAUAGAUUUAAUUUAAUUUGAUGAUAACUUGGCUUUACAAAAUUAAUACUAACUAACCCAAUCAAUAACAACUCUAAAUCAAGGUUUUCUUUUUUAAACUACAUCUGUUUCUAAGUUUAUCUCUGGUUAUUAAAAAUCUUCAGCAUACUAUUCUUCUGCUAAUAAUUUACUUCAAAAGGCAGGAUUUACUGGGUAUGCUUAAUUUUAAUUCUUUCUAUAACAAAACUAAGAUAUAGAUUUCAUAUAAUAUCCUCUUAUUACAGAAGUUUUAGCUCAAUUCAUGCCUGUAGUUAAUAUAUUAUUUACGAUUGGUAUUUGUACUAGAUUGUUUUCAGAAUCAAAAAUUGUCGAAAAUUUAAAUACGCUAUAUUUGAAAGAAUAUUACAGGAGUACUGCCCUUAAAUUAUUAUCGUAUGAAAAAAAAGAUGAUGAGUUAAAAAUUUAUAAUAACGAAAAUCAAAAUAAGAUAAAUGAUCAAAAUUAAAUUAGCGAAAAGUGUGAUUAAAACGCACUUUGUAUUGUUAAUUAAAACAUUGAAACAAAACAAGAUACCAGAAAUCAAUUAACAGCUGAAUAAAUUAUUGGUUUGUAAAAAUAGAUUGAUGAAAACGAAUUUCAAAAUAAAGAAAAGUCUAAGUUUUAAUCAAAUUUUUUCCAAUUCUAUAAGUAAUAUUUCUUUGGAAAUAUAAUAAAAUAAACUUCUCAAAGCGAUUAACUCUAUCAAAAGAUGUGUAACUUCACAAAAAAAUCCAUUGAUAUUUUCUCAUUAUAUAAGAAUAUGAUGAAGGUAAACAUGGCAAUUAAAAUGCUUAUGACUAAAGAAUAGUAUGCCGCUUUGUAAUUCUGUGGAUGUGAAAUGAACUUAGACAAAAUAAAUUUUGAAAAAAGCUCUACUUCCACUAUUAACAAUAAUUAAAAUUUAAAUAAUAAAAACUAAGAAAUUUCAGAUAAAUAACACAACAUAAAAAGUUAAAAUGCUUAAGUAGCUGUAUAUCCUGUUUAAGUAUAAGACAUAGAGGAGGGUAUAAAUAAUAAAAAGGUAAAUUAGAAUUAAGAAGAGAGUUUAACCUAAAUGGCUCUUUAUGAAAAAGAUUUACCUGAAAUGAAUAAUAGAUAUGUUAAAUAAAAAUAAAAAAAUAAAGAAAAUUAGCAGUCUUUAAAAAAUAAUGAUAAUUAAUAAAUCAAUAGUGAAAUGCCAACAUUAACAACUUUAAAUCAAAUGAAUAAUCAUCUCCAAUAAUAAGAAGAAAUUCUUACUAAUUAAAAUAUGCAGCAUCUAUAUCUAAAGAAGUUUAUCGAUAAAAUCAAUAAUAAUUAAGAAUUAACUCAAUUAGAUUUAAAUAUCUAUUCAUCCCUAAUAGGAAUUGAGUCAAAAAUAAGCUGA